GCCAAAAAUACCCGGAAAGGUAGUGGAAUUGUGGGGAAAAUCAAUAGAAAAGUGUAUUGCAGUGAGAAUUGAAAGUGUUUCUUUCACUGAAUUGAGAUAAAAUGUGUGAUUUAUAGGCAGUGCCGAAAGACAGACUGAAGUGACUGCAGUGCGCGGUGGACAAUGAUCGAGAGUUCGCGGUGAUAAGAAAAAAAAAGUGAGAAAGAUGCCGCGAGUGAUCAAUUCAUUGGGCAGAACAGUGAUUAACUGUCUGCUUCUGCUGACUCUAUCCGGAUAUGUGGCGGGCGGGAGACGCAAUCCGCUCAAGGAUCCAGCCAUUUGCGGACGGCCAGAGUGCGAUGAUACCAACUGGAAGUUCAUCUACGAGCCCAACACGAUCUACCGCUAUGACUACUCGCUGCACGUGAAGACGCAAUUCGUCGGCAGCGGCGAAAACACUUCUGAUGUCCACAUAAUUGGUGGAGUUGAGGUGGCGUUUCCCAAAAAGUGCGAAGGACUGCUGAGAGUUCUGUCUCUCGAAAUGCGGGAUCGACUGCCUCAGCCAUCCGCUGAGGUCAAGAGUAAGGAAUCCGAGGAGACUGAAGAGGAGGAUUACGAAGAGCCAGAGGAGAUUGAGCUGCAUCCACGAAGCUACGAAUUUGGCGAGGAAGUCAGCAAGAAUGAGCUGAGAUUCUCCUUCCAGGAUGGCCUCAUUGGCGAACUCUGCCCUCACGAAAAUGAACCCAUUUGGGUGCUGAAUCUCAAGAGGGGAAUUUUGUCAGCUCUUCAGAACACGAUGUCUCGCUUCGAUAUCGAUCAUCACACACUCGAGACGGACGUCUCGGGAAAAUGCGAAGUGAAGUACGUUCUCGAGGGAUCAGAAAACACCAGUCUCAUUAUCCAGAAAACCAAAAACACGGAAUCCUGCAGAAAUCGCUACAAAACUCACUCAUUCCUGCAAACCACAUCUUAUGAAUCUCGCAGGGAUUAUUCAGCCUGGCCAAUUCUUCAGACAGAAAGCUACUGCAAUCUAUCUGUUGAUCACUCGAUAUACAAGAGUGUGAAAUGCUACGAGAGGCAUCAAUUGGUGCCUUUCUCCAACAACCAGUCAGGAGCUGUGACUGAAUCUACACUAGAAUUGAAGCUGAGUGACGAAAUAGUCAUAGAUUACGCUCUAGACGAGGAUUUCGAGCCCAUCAACCGCCGAUCAACCUUGCUCUUUGACCACGUGCCUUCAGCCAAGCCCACUCAUGGUGAGAUAAAAGCAUCGCGAGAAUACUUGAAGCAAAUGUGCAAACUCGGUUUCCCGGACAUUCAACGCGACUUCCCCGAUGUUCUCAUGAAAUUCCUCUCCAAUGCUCGCCUCCUCACCUACAAUGCUCUGCAGCAGUUGCUGGCACGCGCAGAAAGUAUCUGCAACAAUGGGAAGAAUCACGUGCUCGACAGUCUGCCCUUCAUCGGCAGCACAGCCGCCGUGCUUCUGAUGCGAGAUCAAAUUGUGAGGAAUGCAAUAGACACUCAAGUGGCGCAGGAUUGGAUAUCCUCAAUUGCAUACAUUUCCCAUCCGGACGAGGAUGUUGUCGGCGCCAUGUUAACUCUGAUUGAGCACGGAAAGAGCGUGAGGAAUCCCAGCUACAUAUUGGCCGCCACAGCUGUGGUUCACAGCUUCUGCAAGUACAAUGCUGAGUGCGAUGCGAGCGAGAAUGUACGGAAGAUCUUGGAUUACUUGGAGCACGAGGUGAUGAGUGGCAUGAAUCAGGCGGUGCACACGCGGAAAUCGAAGGAAGACUUGCUGGUGGCGCUCAAAGGACUGGGGAACAUCGGUGUGGUCAGUGAGCACUUUGAGGAAGUGCUGGAGGAAUUGAUUGAAGAUCACACAGUGCCAGUGGACGUUCGCCUGCAAGGGAUUUACGUCUUCAGGCGACUUGAUUGCGAUAAGAGCAAAGAUUACUUCUUGGACACCUAUGGAAACUUCUCUGAACACUCUGAAGUGAGAAUAGCGGCGUAUUUGCAGGCGAUGAAGUGUCCGGAUUACCAGUCAAUUGAAUUCAUCAGAGACGUCCUUGUGCGCGAGGAAGUUAAUCAGGUGGGAUCAUUUGUUUGGUCUCAUCUCACGAAUCUCGCCAAAUCCUCGUCUCCAGUUCGUGUGGAGGCUCAAGGUCUCAUUGUAGAUGGCGACUUGGGCACAAAAUACAAGCUGGACAUCAGGAAGUUCUCAAGGAAUUUCGAGCACAGUGUUUUCUUCAACGAGUACAAUCUGGGAGCGAAUGUUGAUAGCAACUUGAUCUUUGGAACGGAUUCUUAUCUACCUCGGACGUUAUCACUCAACUUCACCACCGAUCUCUUCGGUGAGAGCGUAAAUUUGCUGGAGAUUUCAGCGAGAACGGAAGGAUUUGAGCACUAUUUUGAGUCGAUUUUCGGACCAAAAGGACCGCUGAAUACAGAGAAAUUCAGGGAGAAAUUCUCCUUCCUCGGAAACUACUGGAAAGACUCUUCAAUCAGUUCGGAAGAAGAUGAUGUGAACUUCGAGAGGCUCAAUAUGAAAGUGAAACGGGACUCAGAAGGAGGUGAAGAUGAUUCCGAUGAGGAUGAAGAUUUUAGAAAUAAACGAGAUGUGAAUCCAAAGGAUGAGUUGGAGACGUCAGUGAGUAAUUUGGAUUACAAAUUGAAGUACAAAUUCAACGAGCCAAAGGCAUCUUUUGGACUUAAAGUGUUUGGCAAUGAUCUCAAAUACCACACAAUCGAAGGAUUUGGCGAAGUGGCCAAUGCUGCAGCAAAAUUGCAUCCCAUGAAGUACAUCACUGAUAUACUCUCCGGCCGAGAAAUCACUUACACGAAGUCGGGUAUUUUCCUGGAUGUUUCCUACGAAAUUCCCAUGAGUUCGGGAGUUCCUCUCUCACUCGUGGCACAAGGAGCCUCUUCGAUCGACAUGAGGAUGUCAGGAUUGCUCCGAGGAGCGGAUUUCGUCAAGACGAAGCACUUCAAUAUUGAGGGGCGCGUGAAACCCAGUGUGUCAGUGGACAUUAUCACAUCUAUGCAAGCUGAUCUCUUCUACGGAAGCACCGGAAUUAAGGUCAAGAGCAAUCUCUACUCGAGUUCAUCCGUUGAAGCCACACUGAAAGUGAGAGGAACUAAACUGAUUUCCCUUCAAUUGAGCAUUCCUCAGAAUCGCAGUGACAUCUUCAGCGCUCGUUCAGAGCUUCUGGUCAUCAAGCAUGAUCAGGUUUUGCCACAGAGGGGAAUUGAGAAGCGCUACACGAACCAGACGUGCACCUGGCCAGUGCUCGACAGAGCCAUUGGAUUGAAGCUGUGCACAGAAUACAGUUUGCCAGACACAAGCAACUCCACCGGACUGCCCAACUUCUUCUUCACCGGCCCCAUCAAGAUAGACAUUCACGUGGACAAGGCCGAUCCGACAGCCAAGAUCUUCCUCUUCGAGUAUCGCUGGUCUUCGAAUGAGAACGGAUCUGUGGGGUCUUUUGUAUUUGAGACUCCAGGAUCAGCAGUUCCGCGAAUAUUUAGUGCAAAUAUGACGACAAGUGAUGUGGAAAAUACUCUGAGGAUGUCUUUUAUAAAUGCCGCAACAUCUUAUGCGGCCGUCGGCACGUACAAGAACACAGAGAAUGAGAAGAAUCUUGAGGUUUACCUGGACAUCAAUGGUCAAAAGACAUUAUCAAUGGAAAUGGGAUUGAACAGAACGGAAAUCAAAAACGGUUUCAUGUACUAUCCGACAUUCUUCCUCACAGUGAACAACGACAAAAUAGCAGGACUUGGAGGAGUGGUGAAACUGACAAAUAAAAAGGAUGUUUCCCAAUGGGAUGUGAAUCUCGUCUUCGAAACCAAACGACUUCAGGCUAAGCUAUCAGGAUAUAUUAUAGAAACUGAGGCUUCUCUGUCCACAAAAUUAGCCAUGGAAUAUCGUUUCUUGGACCAAAAGAUGGAAAGAGUGGAAUUUCAGGGUGACAUUGCGAACAGGAGUCAAAAGGCCAGAACGGACUAUCAAGGAUCGGCAAAAUUACAGACAACAGCCUAUGAGAAGUACAAUUUUGCCAGCAACAUGAAGUAUGUCUCUGCGAUGGGACACGCCGAGUGGCGAUUGAAUUUCAACAAUGCCAAGGAUCUGGUGAAUCCUGAUUACAAUUUGGGCGUCAGAGUGAUUUUUGCGAGAUUCCAUCACAUGGAAAACGGCAGAACGACAGCUUCAAUUGAACUCACUCGUCCAAUCUCAAAGACUGACCUCAAGUUCAUGAUCAAGUACGAGGAGAAGGCAAAGAAUGGCUCUGAGCACAACAUUCUCGUGUUGGCUAGAUAUGCGCCUCAGAAGGAAAUCACUGGAGUUCUCUCACUUCUCUUCCCACGAAGACAACUAUUCGCCGUGGAUGCAGCUCUCAAUCUAACAGUGCCAACAUUCGAUUCUUGCACAGUCAAUCUGAAGCUCUACGAGAAGGCCAGAAAGGAUUACAACAUUGACUUCAAAGGAACAUGGUUCUCUGGUCACUCAAUGACCGCCCUUGGCAAGUACGAAGAUCGCAGUUCGGCCAUCAAAACGUUCCAUCACAUCAAGCUAAGCAUCCAAAGUCCUUCCUUCCAAGACACUCUAGUCGACGCCAGAUAUUCCAGAGAUGAAUACGAGGUGAUUGUGGAUUGCCAAGUGGAUUACGGUGGUUAUCCGUAUGGACUGAGUUUGAAGUAUUCUGAAAUAUCACCUUUCGAAACCUACACGAACAUGGAGGUGAAGUGGAAGGACAAACUGUACUGGAUGUCCGCCAAUAUGACUUCCCAGCAGCCCAAACAACUCGUUGUAGAGAUUCAUCUGGACAAAUACCGCGAUAUUCACGUGAUCUUGCGAUGUUUAUCCAAUGAGCUGAAGAAAGAGGCAGGAGUCGAGGUGAAAUGGGAUGCCAAUCGCGAUCCAACACAGAAACUGGCUAUUUUUGGUGAAUUCAACACGCCCGAACUGAAGGUUUACGAUGGAAGAUUUAUUAUUGCCUAUCCCGAGAGGACUUUUAGUGGUACUUUUGAUUACAAGUCCGAAGAUGCUAUCACAAAAGCGAAUGCAAGACUUGGCUGGAGUUCUUUUGAGGCCAUCGAGUUGAAGUACGAAAGUGGGAAUUUACCUGGUCCGGUUAAGGAUAUCUGGACCACCAUUAUCAUCAACACUCCCUUCGACGGAUGGAAGCAGAACUCGAUCAACACUGGCCUUCACUACAAUAACAACCUUUUGCUGCUCAAUGGGAGUGUCGUUUGGGGCGAAAACUACUUGGGAGCUGAAUUUAUGGGAGAUUACGAGAUUAAGGAUCCAGUGUUCGGGUGUGAAUUCCGCACAGCACUUAACAGUUCAAUUGCAAUUAUGCCCACAUUUAGCAUUCACUUCAAGCACCGCCACGAUGAUAAGAAAGUCGACACGGAUGCCACCGUGAAGCACACAGCACACAGUGAGAGAUCACAGACUUACUCCAUCAAAUCCGCCUGGCAAUUCGACGUGAAUUCUGAGUACCAGAAUGUCUCUGGAUCAGUGGCUUUCAGGAGUCCUUUUGAGAAUUACACAUCAGGCGCUCUUGUGACGAAAUUCUCUCUGAAUGACAAGCGCCAACUCAAGGGAGCAGCAGAUCUGGAUCUGGAGGAGAAGAAAUUCACUCUGGCGGUUGAGGGACACAUUAAGAAGAUCACAGAUAACAUGUUGGUGGUGAAUAUCACGACUCCAAUUGAGAGAUUCAGGAACAUUGUGGGAAGAUUUGGCAUCAAUGAACGAAGCAGACACAUCGUGGCCGAAGUGAGAGCUCCUAAGGAUUCAUUGGGUGUCGAGUUGCUCUUCCUCGUCAACUCCUUCACCAAUUUUGACAUCAAAUUCCACUUGGCCACACCGCUGGAGGCCUUCGAGAAGGUGAUCCUCAUUGCACUGAUGCAGAAUGACAAGGUGGACUUCCGUGGAGGAUGGAACAAGGUGGUUCUGGGCUUUGUUGGUGUUUGGAGAUUUGUGGAAUUCACCAACUUUGAAUACUCCUACAAUGUUUACACGCCUUUGGAGAACUUCGAAGAAAAUGGACUUGUCGUGCGCCUUUUAAAGACAGAUUCAGAAUUGGAUACAGAAUGCUCAUUCAAAUUUGCACAAUACAAAGUGGGAUAUAAACUUGUGUCGAAGCCCAAACCAACUCUAAUCAGGCAGCUUCAUCUCAAAAAUAUUCACAACGUGAUCAAUGAUCUUUUCUCAGGGGAGGAAGAUGCGACUGACAAUGCGGAAGAGGAGGAAAAUGAUGAAGAUAGUGAAGAUUAUGAUGAUGAGGAUGAAUAUCUGAAUUUCAUUGCUUACCUUGAACUUGAUACCAUAAUUUGGCCGACACUUAAAGGCAAUCUAGACGUGGAAGAAGUCGAUGAUACAUAUUACAGCUUCGGAACACUCAUUCUUCCGCAGGGAAUCAUUGAGAUCCGGGACAAAUUCUACUUCCCCGACUUCAUGACGCACAGGAACACGCUGAAGAUCGUGACACCCUUCCCGACUGUGAAGGAGAUCAAGUCCAAUUAUCAUAUGAAAGUCGACUUGAGAGGUCGCAAUAUGAAUUAUCUCUUUGGCGUGGACUUAAAUUACCUCAAUAGAUUGUCAUGGGUUGAGAGUGGACUAGAAAUGAACUAUUCAAAGCGUGUUGAUGCUCAUGAAUUGCUCGUGCAUGAUGUUCAGCUCAAGUUCAAGACACCACUUGAGCUUAUGCCGUUCCUCUGCAUUGACGGUCUUCUUGAGGUGGAAGAAAACAACUACAAGGUCGAUCUUUCAGGGAAUACCAACACGACUAAGCUCUCAGUUUUUGGCAAUCUCGAUCUCGAUGAAACGUACAUGGAUGGAUCGCUUGGCAUGAGUCUGGAGGCGCCUCUUGUGCCCAAUUACAUGUACAAGGUGUUCUUCAAGCGAGACUCCACCACCACGGACAACACCUUCGACUUCGGCUUCGACACGAAAGACAAUGGGACGCAGAACCAUCUUCACAUCUGGACGUCUUGGAGAAAGGACGACUUGCACUAUGUCAGCGCCAAAGGGAAAAUCCGCACAACUUAUUUGCAAGUGAAGAUGAUCGAUGGAACCAUCCUAAUCACCAGAAGACCUCAUCCCCUGGCCGUUUUCAGGGUGGGUUAUCAGACCGAAGACAGUUCUAUAAUGGUCUUCCAGACACGCGCUCAGCAAGUAGACCGAAAUGUCGAACUAGAAAUCAACUCUCCUCUUGAGAACUACAGAAAUGUUUCCCUCCACGGGACCCUCUCGACAACAGCAACGAAAGGGCAAUACAUCAUCCACGGUCACCUGAAUCGCACUUCUGCUCUGUAUCACGUCUCUGGAAACCUUCACAUCAAGGACGAUGUUCCUGUUCUUGUGAAUAUUGUGCUGCAACCAAUCACAGGGGAGCCCAAUUGCUCCAUGAUCUUCAUAAUUAAUGACGUCAAGGGCGGAAAUGGCCAUACAUUCCAGGCAAAAAUAGAACAGGAAGAGAAAUUCCUACAAAUCGGAGGUGGAAUUUCGUAUCUAAGUAAAUUCAAUUGGCGCUACGCUCUCACAAUGGCAUCAUCGGAGCCAGAAAUAGGCAAAGUAAACAUGAAUUGCACUCUAUUGCCGGAGAGGAGUGGCAAAUUGAAUGGAAAUUUCGAAUUGAACUCACCUUGGACGCAUCUUGGUUUGGAGCAAAUUAAAUUGGAUUCAUGGGCGAAAGUUUCUCGUGAUGCAGGAGAAAUUUAUGGAUCAUACAAUUUGCCCACUGUGAAGGGUGACAGCAAAGUCUCAUGGUCAUGGAUUCUCAUGGAAAACAUGCAGAUUCUGUUGGAGAACAAAGUUCAGAGAUCAGAGGCGAAUGAGAGACUCCUCCUGACUGAAUUCAAAUAUGUGAAUCCCAAUAGGAAUCAGCAUCGCCUUCAACUGGGGGGAAGUAUAAAUGUGGAUAAUGUGUGGCGUUUGGAAGCUAAUACGAGUCUUGCAAUUCCUUCUGUGAAGGACAUCAGCAUGAGUGCAACGAUUCGUCUCCCAAAACCUGUUGGAGAUGUUCACCACUUCUUUGGGAAAUAUCGAGGGAAUGUCGGCACAAAGGACCCGAAUAUGGAAAUCAAUUAUGAGGCACGAUAUGAAGCCUUUGAGUCAAACAGACGCCUUGCAUCUCGUGGACAGUUCAGGAAUGUUUCGGAUCUGCAGGGAUUCUUGCGUGUGGAAUGGGGACCAAAUGCCAGAGAGGAUGGCGCUGAGGCAUUCAUGCAGAUGCUGAGAAAGGGCAUCAGAAAGGAAUUUGCUGUGAGAGUGGCAACACCUCUUCACGCUGUGGAUACACUGAAAGCCAGCGGCAGCUACGACUACAAGGAUAUCUAUCACGUAGUGGCUGGAAAACUAUUCGUUCCCUCAACAAGACAAAUUGCAGACGCCGAUGUGUCGUUCUCCAGUUUAUCCAACACAAAAGGAAUGAUCAACUCCACGACACCUUUCUUCAAUCUCACGUGGCUUCGUGGGGACUUUGACUUCAUGACAAAAGGCGGGGAAUCCAAUAGAUUCAUCAAAGUCACUUGGCCCACGAAUUUUGCAGUCUACGACUCUAAGAGUGUACUGAAAUCUGUCAAUUUGAACAGAGAUUUCCAAGGCACGAUCAAACUCGAAGUCCCUGUGGAGUCGAGACAUUACGCAAACAUCGUGUACGGACUCAAAGAGCGCCCCAUGUUGACCACAGGAAACGCCGUGGUGGAAUAUAACAACAGAAAAGUCCUCGAUGGCACGUACAAUUGCAAGACGGAAUCCAGGGCAGGAUUUGAGAAGGAAACAGUGAAUAUUGCUCUGGAAAACAACUUGAAACCCGUCGGUAUUCACUAUGUUCACAUGAGGCAAUCUGCUGGUCCGGACGAUCCUGAUUACGAUAUGAAGCACGCAGAGCUUUUCGAGCUGAGAAACAGUAAGAUUUACAACAUCACUGGAGAAUUGCACGUGAGAACGACGAUAACUGGUCAGGAGUACAAGAUUCUGGCAAUUCAUCCCAACAGAACAGUGAUUUUCACUUCUGAGUACGAUUAUCAGGACAGCACGACGAAGCAGAAGUCGAAGCUUCAGCUGGCGCCAUCCGUGUGGAUUGCCUAUGAUUGGCAGCUGCAGAAUCUCUCGAGAGCAGACAACGAAUCUCAGGUGUUUUCCAUUGAAGUGUCCUAUCCUAAGAGGAACAUGGGAGCCUCUGGUUGGUACGCAGUCACAGACGAUACCUUCGAUUCCGACGUGUCGCUCAAGUGGAACAGUCAGCAUGAUGAGGACCCCAAAGUCAUGAAAGCUGGGCUUGAGUGGAGAAAUCAUCCCUUAACUGGAUCUGACAAGGACAAUCAGACUUGCAAAUUCUCAAUUGGUCAUCCGUCCUUCACUGAGGAUGUCACUCUCAAGGGAUUGUGGUACAGAAGUGAGAGUGAUUUACUGAAAACUCACGCGAUAGUCAACUAUUGCGAUGAACCCGAGCAUGAACUUCGAUUGGGCUUCGAAAUUAAGGAUUGGACAAAUAUUGUGGGAUACAAAAACUACUCCUACUUGAUAUACUCAUGGCAUGAGAUAUCUGAACUCGAUCUUCACGUGGCAGGAUCUCUAGGACUUCAGCCUGGAUUCUACAACACGAUCAACAAUGGAAGGUACAAGAGAAGUUACUUGCCACUGGCCGAGGGAGUUCUCAUGGGAUUGGCUGAUGUGAGGAACAAGGAGAUAAAAUAUCACAGAGCCAGUCCUUUGAAGUCCAACAAAUUUUGGCUUAAAGCUGAUGGAUUUUAUCCCGUCUACACUAUCAAUGGAACCAUCGAAGAUACUCCAGAGACAGACAUGAAACUGAAGUUCAUUGUCAAUUUUGACGACAAAUUCGUGAAGAUGUCUGUAAAUCUCACGCCCGAUGCCACUCAGAAUAUUCAAAUGUACGGCUCAAUUCCCGAUUCAAGAAGUGCUUCAUUCUACUUCCUGAGAGAUUACGAGGAUAUUCGUGUUGUGGAUGUUUCGUCGUACAUCAAGAUGAAUCACUCCCGCUUGGUCACGAGCAAGAUUAUCUGGCGACCAAAGAUUAAGGCGGACCUCAAGAAUUUCGUAAAGAAAACCGCCGGAACUUAUUACGAUUCCAUGGCUGAUGAUAUUGACUACUGGGUGAAAACUAUUUUCACAGAGACAAACGAAACCAUCAAGGAUGUCUGGUACAAUGCCAAACAAUACACUGAAGACUUCCUGGAAGAUGUUGGAGAACUGAAAUUCCUGGAGGAUGAUUUGGAAAAAUUCCACAAUUUCCUUAAUGCCUCGUACGAAGCAAACGACUUCUAUGUCAGAUCUGUGGUGAAUUUCACCCUCACUAUUAUAGAUGAGCUUGCGAUCAGGAAUCACAUCGAAUCUGUGCCGAAGAUUCUCCAGGAGUUGUGGCAUGUUAUGGGCGAGUCAGGUCAAGCGCUGAGGAGAUCUAUCAUUUGGCUCAAAGACACAAUCAAGAUUUCCUACAAGAAUCUCGUGGAAAUGAUCUCAAAGAUCCUCCACGGAGAAUCUCUGGAGCAUAUUUCUUCGAUUCUGGGAAAAGCCGUGGAGAAAUAUGACAAGUUCAUAAAGGAUCUUCAUCUUUCGCUGAUCAAGUACGUUGAGAAUCUCUACACGAAACUAACGGACAUGCUGGCGUCGUAUUGGAAAAAGAUUCUGCAGAACAUCGAGCCGUCAAUCAUAAAAUUCGCUCACUACGUGGAGAUGAUGAUGUGGAAUGUGAGCAAGGAAGUGUUCGAUUUCCUCUACAAGAGGACAAAUGAGUUCGCCGAAUCGCCCUACUUUAACAAAGUCUCCAACUUCACUCAGGAUCUCGAUAGAGUGUACAAAGACUUUGUUCAGAACGAUGCCAUAACAAAUAUUAAGAAGUACUCAGUGAUUGUGUGGCAGUUCCUUAAGGACAAGUACUUCAAGUUUGUACCCUUCGGGAAGGAACUGCAUGAGGUUUAUCUGGAAUUGUGGGAGGAGAUCAAGGGACUGAAGAAACUGGAGACGGUGCAAUUCUUCAUGCAACGCGUCAGUGAAGUUCAAUCGAAGAUCACGUGGAUAAUUGAGGAGCUUGAAUUGGAAAAACGUCUUCAACAAUUGCUGUAUCUCGUGAAGACGGAAGUCUUGAGUUUCGCACAAACGGCUCUUCAGGCGGACGAUAGAUAUCGCGAAGCGAAAACCAAGUUUGUCUUCGAUCCUGACACUGGAGUGAUUCAACUGGAGCAGAAACUUCCCAUGUCCUGGCAUGCCUUCAAUGAGACACCGAAGUUUGAGGAGAUUCCAGAGUAUAAGUUGAUUCACGACACCCAGAACUUCUUCACGGGCACCAAUUUCUCCAUCUGGAUGGCUUUGUAUGAGAUCAAGAGACAACUGGAUCCCAACAUCUGGUUCCCACCGUACAAAUCCUCAUCCCUCCUCAUCGGAUCGCGCCACUACAUGACAUUCGACAGGAGAUUUGUGGAGCUGAAUGUGAAAUACGGCCUAAUUGAGCAGGACGUGAAACCGGAUCAGUGUUCGUAUUUGCUGGCCAGAGACUGGCUGGAUUACAAUUUCACGCUGGUCAUGGAGCCAUCGAUAAUCACGCAUGCAGAUGAUUUGAUAUCAACCAGGAAACUUUCCCUGAUAGUAGAGAAUGAAGUCAUUUCCUUGGACAUCCUUAGCCAGGCUGUGCGAAUUGGGAACAAUGUGGCUUCACUGCCAGUAUUGAUUGGAGACACUGUCAUCUACAGGGAUUCCGAUGUGAUUUACGUGCAGUCAGAGAAGGGCUUCGAUCUGGUCUGCAAUCUGCAGUUCGACAUCUGCACGCUGGAGCUCAGUGGAUGGUAUUUCGGCAAGACUGCCGGUCUUUUGGGCACAAUGAACAACGAAAUGGCCGAUGACUUCACCACGAGUGCGAACAGCGUCACCAAAUCUGAGGAUAACUUCAUCAGGAGUUGGGCUCUGAAUCAGUGCCACCAGACGCCAAAAUAUGAGAAGAUCAAGGACUUCUCGAAGCACAACACAACUCUCUGCGACGUGUUCUUCAACACGAAGGUUUCCUACUUCUCACCCUGCUUCUCAGUGGUCGACACCACGCCGUUCUUUGAGAUGUGCAUCGAUUUGAGUGAGAACUCCAUCGAGAAUGUGAUUGAGGACAGAAAUCCCAGUCCGAGAGGAGCUUGUACAGCUGCUUUGGCCUACAUUGAGGCCUGCAAUAUGGAGAAGACACUCUUGCGCGUGCCAGACGUAUGUGUCUUCUGUGAACUGCACAAUGGCACCUUCGUUCCCGAGGGAACCUUCCUCAGCUUCCAGGAGGAAGUGACUCAGACGACAGAUGUGGUGUUCAUCGUCGAAGCGAAGGAGUGCAACAAGAAUCUUCUGAAUGUAAAGAGUCUCUCAUCUGUGGUCAGCGCUCUGGAGAAGGAACUUCUUGAUGCUGGAUUCACUGAGAAUAGAUAUUCCGUGAUUGCCUUCGGAGGCGAGAGUCCGUUCGACAAGCCAAGGAGUGUUGUUGUGAAUAACGAAGUGUUCACCGAGGCCAAGAAUCUUGUCCAGUUCUUCGAUUACAUUAGAACUGGGAAUGGAACAAAUCGUGACAUCUUCCAGGCUAUCAGUGUGGCUGCGAAGUUGAACUUCAGGCCAGGAGUGUCUAAGACGUUCAUCCUUUUGCCCUGCUCCGAGUGCAAGUCCAGUGAUAGUAAAUUUGACUAUUCUUCCCUCUUGCAAUUGCUGCUGGAGAAUGGCAUAAAGCUUCACAUUCUCAUGGAUCAGGAGAUUCUCUUCGACAAGGGCAGAGCCGGUAGGAUGUUCUUCGGCAUGGACAGGGACUUUGCGUACACUAAGAAGGAUCUGCAUGAGUUGAAGGGCGACACUGAGUUGAGGAAGCAAGUGCGUCUGCCAAAGGCCACGUUGGGAUUGUGCACUCCACUGGCCAUCGAGAGUUCAGGAUCGGUAUUUUCAGCCAAGAAAUUGCGACCAGGAAAUUCGGAGAAGAAGAACCCAGUGAAGAAGUUCUCGACGGUCUUCGCGAAGAGAGUGGUCAAGACAGCAGCACCGCCAGAGUGCCAGACUUGUGAGUGCACUGGUCACAAUUCCGGGAUUGCCUACGUCGUCUGCUACCCGUGCUCCUACCCAAAUCCAGGCAGCUGGGAUUAUGGCUUCAGUGAAGAGUCUCUCCAAUCCGGCCCAGAACUUGAUUGGAAUUUCGAUGAUGAGGACUACAAUAAUUAAAUACUCAUAGGCUUUUGUAAUGAAAAUAAAUUUAAGGUGUGCUUUAGGCAUAAGAACAAUCAUUGUUGGAAAAGAA